UUAAUUUUAAUUGACUUUUUCUCUUGUAGUUGAUUAUGGAAGAUUCCCACAAGAAUAACACUUCAGAGACUGCACCUCAACCUGGUUCAACAGUUCAGGGAGCUCAUAUUUCUCAUAUUGCUCAACAGAUGUCAUUAAGAGGAUCUACACCAGUGACAAUUGUACCACUUCCGGGAGAGCAAGUACAGGUUCAGGGGGUCAUCCAGAAAGCUCAGUCUUCUGUAAUUCACCUACCACUCGUGCAAACGGUGUGUUUAUCAGAAAGUGAGGAGUCUCAGGACUCAUCUGACAGCAUAGGCUCUUCACAGAAAGCUCACGGGAUCCUAGCCCGGCGCCCAUCUUACAGAAAAAUUUUGAAAGACCUCUCUUCAGAAGAUACACGUAGUAGAAAAGGAGAAAAUCCUGGCGUUUCUGCUGUCACAUCUAUGUCUGUUCCAACUUCCAUCUAUCAAACUAGCAGCGGACAAUACAUUGCCAUUGCCCCAAACGGAGCCUUACAGCUGGCCAGUCCAGGCACAGAUGGAGUACAGGGCCUGCAGACACUAACCAUGACAAAUUCAGGAAGUGGUGCUCAGCAAGGUACUAUUCUCCAGUAUGCACAGACCUCUGAUGGACAGCAAAUCCUUGUGCCUAGCAACCAGGUGGUUGUACAAACUGCAUCAGGAGAUAUGCAGACAUAUCAGAUCCGAACCACACCUUCAGCUACUUCGCUGCCACAAACUGUGGUGAUGACGUCUCCAGUGACGCUUACAUCUCAGACAUCUAAGACAGAUGACCCUCAGUUGAAGAGAGAAAUAAGAUUGAUGAAAAAUAGGUGGGUAGUAGAAUUAUACCAUCAGAACAGGUCAUGCUUUCACAAGUCUGAACACAUGACCAGGUAUUACUUGGACCCAUAUCAUCAGAAAUCAGGAAAAAGUUUAUAG